AUGGCUGGUCUGAGUGACUUGUGCUAUUGCCGGGUGAUCGGGAAGGACGGGGCAGUGCCAGUGAUCGGUUGGGCAGUGGAAGCAGCUGACGACGAAAUCGUUCUGGCGACGACCUCCGACCUUUCAUCCUUAGAGCAUACCUCGAAAGCCAAAGUGGGCCAGCAGACCGUUUCCUUUGUGCGAGUGGGGCAGAACACAGCGAGCUUGGAAACACCCGCUGGAUGGGGCGGGUUGAAGCCGAAAGAUCUAGCUCCAUUGGACGUUUGCCAGAGUGCUUGGAAGAAGGUGAAGGACAGCGAGCUUUUGAGCAGCGAAGCAGAAGCUACCAAGGUCAGAAAGCCAAAGGCUCAAAAGGGAAAGGGCUCUUUAGCUGCCGAUUUGAGUCAGCUCAGGGGUCUCUUCGGGGAGGGGGAUUCGGAAGGGGAGGAGGAGAGCGACAGCGAGGGAGACUUGGCCUUCCCUCCGCGCAAGGGUCAGAGCAAAUAUCUGCCCCCCGGGGGUUCCGGGGAUCAUUCGAGCGAGAAGAAGAAGAAGAGCAAGGGCGAGGGCGACCUGGUCAAGCAGAUGCUCGUGAAGAACCUCGCGGAUGGAAAGGAUGCCAACGAGAUGCUCCCGGCGGUGCUCAUGGCGAUGCUCUUGGACAAGGACAAGGGCAAGGAAUCUCGACGCGGUCGGGGGGCUUCAUCCAGCGACUACCUCGAGCUCCAUGGUGGCUCCGACUCCGACGAGAGCGAUGCCGACGAGGACAAGGCCAAGGGCAUGAAGGCGGUGGAGCUUCUUCAUCGACUUCAUCGAAGCAUUCGGCGACACCCCAAGAGGGUGUGCGAGCAGUUCGAGAAGGAGGUGAUCGAGGACCUCGGCAUCGUGAAGGGCCAGGCUUGGACAUUGAAGGAUUACGUGAGGAAGCAGCAGUGGGGAAAGUUCAAGGGACUUUACAGGACGGCCAUCAUGGAUGUAGAGGUGUACGAGCUGCUGAGGAGCAAUCAGCCGGACGUUGCCGCGGCGCAGGUGAUUCAGAACUUAAAGUCCAAGAUGCAGGCAGUGAUGCAGGGCGGCGAUUGGGGCUCGGCUUGGUUGCUUACGGGUCUUCCGGAUCCGCUUAUGAAGCGGGAGUUCGCGGGAUCACGGCAGGAGAUGUCCAUCAUAUCAGGGUACCUGGAUGCUGUGCAUCGUCUGCAGAAGCGGGUGCGGGAGAGCAAGGGUCUUGCGGGCCAUCACGGCGAGGAGGACGAGGAAAGCGGGGCCGCGGGGGUGGUUCAUCCGGUUCUAGCGGGAGGUAAUUCGGAGAGUUCUUUUCAGCAGUAUUUUGCCUGGUUUCAAGGUGCCCAAGGUUAUCUGCUGGAGCGGUCCAGCGAAGGUCCAUUAUUUCCAUGCGCGUUGCCCUACCCGGAGGCAAUCCUGACUGAGGAGGUGCGGGGUGAGGCAGCUGAGGUGACGAUGUGGUGGUCUAAGGCCUUUCUCAACGUGUUCAUAUCGUGGGGAAAUUUCGUCACUUUUGGGUGUCCGGCACCCGAGGGCAGUGGGCGUGAGCCGCGGGUGAGCUAUCGUGCUAGUAGGGACGCUAGGGUCUUUGCUGAUAAGCUCCUCGGCGAGAUGGGCGAAUUCGUUUCGUAUGAGCUGGUGGCUGGUCGUUUGUCGUGUGGUGGCAAGCGUUCCGUUGUAGAGUCCAUGCUGGCCCAGGUUCAAUGUACAGUUGGUGCAAGCUAUUUUCAUGACGGUGCAGCUGCAGAGGAGGCUGGAUCGGUGGCAUUGCCGGUGGAGGCUAGUCGGGUCGCCAUUCCCAGCCAGGCUGGUAUGGUGGAUCCAUGUCGGUGGCUCGAGGGCGAGAGGAAGGAGACGGUCCAGAACCUAGCAUCCCUCCGGAAGCCCGAGUACCUUUGGGAUGAGAUUGUUACCGCUUGCCAUAGAGUGCCUGUGCAGGAGGAGCCCGCGCUGGCCGACAGAAUGCUGUCGACAGGUAUGGCUGUGCUGGUGCCCGAGAAGGACUUGCCACGGGAUAGUCGUGGUAACAUGUUGCUCGGAGGUCUAUUCUGCGUGGCUAAGAACGAGGCAGAGGAGCAUGCUUUGCGAGGCUUCUGCUUGGUCCUCAAGAGUUUCUUCGAGGUGGUGACAAAGCACGGCGGCGACCCAAAGGUCGAUUACAGGCUGGCUUUUCGGGUCUUAGGAAUGGGGGAUAAGAACGGCUGCGACAUCGCUCAGGCCGUUCAUGAAGGUCUUCUUCGAAGGCACGGGGUAUUGGAUCCCAGCAAGACGUUGGUCUACGGUGCGCACAUCCCGCAGGGAAACUUGCUGGAGGGCGUGUACCUAGACGACUUGCUCAUAGCCAAGAAGUGUGAAGUUCCCUUUGUGAUCCCCCUCGAUGGCUCCUUCAUCCCCCCUGCCGCUCAGGUCAACGAUGACGAUGUCAUUGAGUUGCAGGCUGCGGAGGCCGCAUACGAGGAGGCCGGUCUUGAACGUGCGGAGCACAAAGCUUUUCGACAACUUGUGCGAUUCAAGGCUUGGGGUGCCGAGAUUGACGGCAUCUUGGGCAAGGCAGGUGCACCUCUCGAAGCUAGGCGUCAAGUGUGGGUCCUUAUUGCUAAACUGGUUACAGGUGGUUUCGCAUGCCGAGGAGUAUUACAACGAGUGGUGGGGUACCUGGCCUUCAUUUUCCAAUAUCGGCGUGAACUGUAUGGUCUCUUGCAUCACAUGUACAAGUACUUAGCCAAGAUGCCUGAGGGAAGAUGGGUGCCGCUCCCGGGGCACAUCCUUGAUGAGCUCCGGAGCUGCGCCUUGCAUUUACCGUUCGCGACUUGGAACAUGAGAAAGGGCAUCAGCUCCACCGUGAUUGCAACCGAUGCCACGCCGACCGCAGGUGGGGCUGUGACGGCAGCAGUUCCACAAGCUGUGGCCCAGGCGUUAUGGCGGCACACAGAAGUGAAGGGCGCUGCAGUGCGUCUUGAUCGUGAUCAGGAUUUCCUCUUUGGGGCCGAGGCGCCUCGUGAGGCCUCUCGCUUUGCCAGUUUGGUGUCCGAGUGCCUUUGUUGGCGUGUGGAGAGUGGUUAUUCGUUCCGGCAGACCUCGCACAUAAACUUGCAGGAGAUGAGAGCCUUGAAAAGGGAGGUGAUCAAGCUGGCCGGGGACCCAAAGAAUGCGCGCACCAUCUUUCUGUUCUUCAACGAUUCGAGAGUCGUUUGUGGUGCUCUGGGGAAGGGGCGGUCCAGCAGUUACAAACUAAACGGAAUCAUUCGCACGAUCAUCCCUCACAUCAUCCUCUCCGGGAUCAGCUUGGGAUUGUUGUGGGUCGAAACCGAGUCGAACGUAGCUGACUAUCCUUCGCGCUUUCGCCUCCUACCCCCUCCUUGCCCAGCUCCUCGAUGGCUUCGCCGGCUUGGGGUGCAGGACAUUUCGGAAUGGGUUGGGAUUGAGGUCUUCGCGGAGUCAGGCCAGAUCACCUUAGCACAUCGAGAGGCCGGGGUGCCAAUGCUGGAUCCCUGGUGCUUUGAGCGGAGUUCCACUAGCUUCGAUGGGCAUCUGGAGGAGCUCAUGCGUGGCGGUCAGGUUCGGUGGGCCUGGCUUGCCCCGCCCUGUGGAUCCUUUAGUCCGCUUCGGAAUCUCGAUGUAGGUGGACCUCUUCGGCGCAAAGGUGUUCCGGAGGGUGAUCCGCACAACCUGGAGGUCCAGUUGGGAAACUCGCAAUGGCGUUGGAGCUUGCACUUGAUGAGCUUGCUCAUUGAGGCUGGUGGGUUUGUCUUUCUGGUGCACCCGAAGAACAGCGUGGCCUGGCGCCUAGAGGAGACGAACCGCUUUAUCCAGCAGCACAACCUUCGUCGUGUCCGGAUUGACUCGUGUGCUUACCAACAUCGUGGCAUGCCGAUUGGAGUUCUCCCAAACCUUAAACCGUGGAUCAUUGCUACCAACUCGCCCUGGAUAGAUGCUGCCGUGCUCACUUGCCCGGGGAACCAUCAACAUGGAUCGCCUUUGAGGGGUCGGCGUGCUCAAGAAGCCGAGGCUUGCCCAACCGGGUUUUGUGAGAAGUUAGCUGAUGCCCUCGUUCAAUGGACGAAGGCCGCUGCUUGGCUUUUGGGCCGAGCGCGUGCGCUGGGAGCCAACUUAUCAUCGCGAACUUCUUCGAGGGUGGUGGAUAGUUGGUUGGAGAAAGUGGUAUGUGAUAGCUAUGAGCGGGGAGAACGACUUUAUCGUGUGCGGUUGGGAGUCUUGGGCGUCCAACGGGCGUUGCGUCUCUCAGGGCCGCUUCUUAGGGGCACUUGGGCAGCGCUUCGCGGUUGGCGGAUGAUCUUGCCGGUGAACCCGAGGAUCCCAAUGUCAAAGUACAUACUCCAAGCUGUGCUAGUGACCCUUCUGGCUACGGGGUUCCGUGAAGUGGGCCGGGCUCGUGAACAAUGGUGGAGCGCUUUUGUGGGCACUUGGCUCUCCUUUGAGGGGUUGCUUAGGCCUGGUGAAAUGGAUAAGCUAUUCAUCGGUGACGUCACUUUUCCCGAGGGUGAUUGGCCAACUUCUGAAGAUGUAGGGUUGGUGCUGUGCAUAAAGUCCCCCAAAACGCGCCGGGUGUGGAGAACGCAAUUCGUUUUGAUCAAGGAUGCGCAGUUGAUCGAAUGGCUGCGAUGGUGGUGCCAAGACCGUCCCUCACACCGGAGGGUGCUUCGGGCCGGGCGGCGCGACUGGGCCAAGCGACUGAGCUUAGCGUUGGAACGUUUGGACCUAAACGACAGGGGCUUCACACUGAGCUCGUUGCGGGGGGGAGGCGCGACGCACCUUUUUCGCGUCACUGAGAACAUCGCACGUGUCCAGUAUCACGGGCGGUGGAGUAGACAGGAGACACUCAAGUCCUAUCUUCAAGAAGGCAUCCGGACGAUGCCUAGCAGGUUAGCUGGGGCACUUAGGGAGCUGGCGGCUGCGUUGGAAGAGGAGGACUGGGAGCUGGUGGGCUCGAACUCUGGUGAGGACCCUGUGGUAGUGCGUGGUCCCGCCGCUGACUCUGGUAAGGACCCGGUGGCCAAGCGCGGUCCUAAAGCCAAGCCUGCUGCUGCGCGGCAGACGACCACCUCCUCGGCUGCCAGUUCUUCCCGCUCUUCGGUGUCUCGGGUGGAGCGUGCUAGUGCUGUUCGUGGUGACGCGGUGGACACUACAGCUUCAUCCAACGUGUAUCAUCAGGAUAUCCGGACCUAUCUUGUCCUGUCGAACCCCCUUGAGCCGAGCUUCGUUGGGUGGGUUCAGGGCCCUGCGUCGGUGGUAUGGCCCAGGUUGGAAGCCAGACUCCCGGGAGGCCAACUCUUCGGCUCUCGCGUUCGGUUGCGGAAGGUCGCGGACGUGGACGCGGCGCAGGCGGAAGCGGAGGAAGCUGCGACUGUGGAGGACACCGCCGCUGCUGCAGCUACUCUCCUUGAGGCGGUGCAAACGGCGGCUCAACAACUGGGCGACGCGGAGGUGGCCGAGGGCCAGACAGCGCAAGAAGUCUUGCAGGACCAGGCGAGCCUACAGGCGGCCAGCCGCUGGAGGGCUGGAGGGGCAGCUCGCAAGCUCACCGCAGUGCUGGCUCGUUUAACUACGUCUUUGCAGAGCUGGACUUCUUUGUCAAGGAGGCCGCAGUCGACUCCCGGACGCGUGGUGCCUGCUGAACGACCUCGGCCUCUAAUCAGGGCGCCCGCUGCCGCGCAACCAGCCCGCCUACAGCAGCCGAGCUGGUGGAGCAGAGUGGCGCCCUGUCGUUUGUGGACCUUCUUCGCCCUGGCACUGGCUCUUUGCUUUCCACGAGUGGUGGCACUCACCGUCGCUCUCUUCUGCAAGCUGGUGAUCCGUGGUAUGGUGGCCCUCAUCGUCUACUUUGGCCGAGAGCUCUACUUUCAGCUCUCGGUGUCGCUUGCUGAAGUCGAGAACUCGCUUGUGGAGUGGUUGGCGACGCAGCUGAGUGGUGGGGGCGCAGGGCCCCCGGCUUGCCAGUACGGGGAGGUGCGGGAGUUCCAGGAUGCCUUUCUUGCCAUCUUUGCAGUGCCUGCCUUCGUCUACGGCACUUCUGAGUAUCGGAUUUCUAUGAACCUCGAUUGA